AUUCCCGUCUCAGAGUCCUGGCCUUCUGCAGCACCCCACGACACCUGUCCAUCUGUGAGCCCUGAUCUGUCCGUCCCUAAUUUCCCCUGAACCCUCCUUCCAGUCUGUCUAUGAUGUCUAGCUCCAAACCAUGUGUCGCUAAUUCCCCUUCUCCCCACAGCCACCUAUUUCUCCAUGUGUUUUAUGAACGUCCCCCCCGCCAACCUUCCUUCUGCCCCCAUGACUGUCUGCCCAGUCCUCCAUCCGCUGUAUCCUUUUGUCCAUCUGUGAUCUCUGGCCAUUAUUUUUCUGUCCUUUAUUUCUGCACCCCAUCCAUUCUCCUGUCCACUAUUUGUCUCUCAAAGAUAUUUCGGUCCACUCUCUUGCCUGGCACUUAUCACUGCCCGCUCGGUCCAUCCAUCUCUCACACUCCUGUGAAUUACACACCAGCUUAUUCUUUAUGGCUUGUCCAUCCCAAGUUUCAAUCCUUGACUUUCCCUCUGUCUGUCUAUUCAUCUGUCCUUCUCUUCCAGGCCCCAGUUUGCCCUUCCCAUUAUCUCUGUCUCCCUUCCCCUUAUCUCUCCCUCUCUCAACUUGGUCCUUAUCUCUGCAUCCUUCACCUUCAUCUCUCCACGCCAGCAUCAGACAACCAUCUCCUAUCUCUCUGCCCCAUCCAUCUCCUUCUCUCUCCCCCUCUCCUCUCCUCUCCUCUCUACACCUUCCUGUUCCCUGGACCUCCCAAGCCCUUUCCCACCCUGGGCCAUUGCUCAUGUUCUUCCCGCUGUUUUGAAUGGUUUUCCACACUCCAGCCCCGCUGCCCACUGCCCAUGGCUGACUCCGUCUCAUCUUUCAGGUUUCAGAGAACUCCCCUGAUGACCCACCUCCGGGUCCCUUUGUGACACAUCCUUCUUUUAGGGCAGUUCUCACAGUCUGUGUCCAUGUGAGUGUGUUUGUUGAUUUGAUGCUCCUUAUGUCCUCUCAUUGGACUGUGACACCAGGAGGCCGGGGACCGAGUGGGGCUUGUUCCCUGCUGGAUCUGCAGCAGCCCACACAGUGCCUCGCGUGUAGUUGGUGCUCAGUGAAUAUCUGUUGAAUGCACGAAGGAGAAAUGGCAGUUCCAUUGUCUCUCCAUCCCUAAAUUAUGUCCCUGCAUCUGUGCAACCCUAAUCUUUGUCUCCUUGUCUGUCCAACCCUUUAUUUGUACAUCCUGAAUCUCUGCCCCUUGCCUGGCCUUCCCAGUCUCUUCCUCCUUGUCCAUUUCCUCCCAGUUUCUUCUCCCUUGUUCAUUGCCCCUCCCAAUCUCCAUCCCCGUGUCCCUCCACCUCCCAAUCUCUGUCCCUUUGUCAUUCCACUCCCAGUCAGUGCCCCUUGCCUAUUCUCUUUCCACCCCUUAUCCAUCCCCUCUCUCUCCCCAAUCCCAUUCCCCAUCUGUACCCUUGCCCGGCCCCUCCCAAGCACAGGACUCGCUGGCCACCAUGUCAGGAGACUACGAGGAUGACCUCUGCCGUCGGGCGCUCAUCCUGGUCUCGGACCUCUGUGCGCGGGUCCGAGAUGCCGACACCAGUGACAGGUGCCAAGAGUUCAACGACCUGCGAAUCAGAGGCUAUCCCCGGGGGCCAGAUGCAGACAUCUCCGUGAGCCUGCUGUCGGUCAUCGUGACGUUCUGUGGCAUUGUCCUUCUGGGUGUCUCCCUCUUCGUGUCGUGGAAGCUGUGCUGGGUGCCCUGGCGGGACAAGGGAGGCUCAACCGUGGGCGGUGGUCCCUUGCGCAAAGACCUAGGCCCCGGGGUCGGGCUGGCAGGCCUGGUAGGCAGUGGCGGGCACCACCUGGGGGCCGGCUUGGGUGGCCAUCCUCUGCUGGGGGGCCCGCAUCACCAUGCCCACACGGCCCACCAUCCGCCCUUCGCCGAGCUGCUGGAGCCGGGCAGCCUAGGGGGGUCUGACCCCCCUGAGCCCUCUUACUUGGACAUGGACUCCUACCCAGAGGCCGCAGCUGCUGCAGUAGCCGCGGGGGUCAAACCGAGCCAGACAUCUCCCGAGCUGCCCUCGGAGGCCGGGGCAGGCUCAGGGCUGCUCCUGCUGCCCCCCAGUGGUGGGGGCCUGCCCAGUGCCCAGUCGCAUCAGCAGGUCACAAGCCUGGCACCCACCACCAGGUACCCCGCCCUACCCCGGCCCCUCACCCAGCAGACCCUGACCCCGCAGCCAGACCCGGGCAGUGAGGAGCGGCCGCCCGCCCUACCCUUACCCCUGCCGGGCGGAGAGGAAAAGGCCAAGCUCAUCGGACAGAUCAAGCCAGAGCUGUACCAGGGGACUGGACCCGGCGGCCGGCGGGGCGGCGGGGGCCCCGGCUCUGGGGAGGCCGGCGUGGGGGCGCCCUGCGGCCGCAUCAGCUUCGCCCUGCGGUAUCUCUACGGCUCCGACCAGCUGGUAGUGCGGAUCCUGCAGGCCUUGGACCUUCCGGCCAAGGACUCCAAUGGCUUCUCAGACCCCUACGUCAAGAUCUACCUGCUGCCUGACCGCAAGAAGAAGUUUCAGACCAAGGUGCAUAGGAAGACCCUGAACCCCGUCUUCAACGAGACGUUUCAGUUCUCGGUGCCGCUGGCUGAGUUGGCGCAGCGCAAACUGCACUUCAGCGUCUAUGACUUCGACCGCUUCUCCCGGCACGACCUCAUCGGCCAGGUGGUGCUGGACAACCUCCUGGAGCUGGCCGAGCAGCCCCCCGACCGCCCGCUGUGGAGGGACAUCGUGGAGGGCGGCUCGGAAAAGGCAGAUCUUGGGGAGCUCAAUUUCUCACUCUGCUACCUCCCCACGGCCGGCCGCCUCACCGUGACCAUCAUCAAAGCCUCUAACCUCAAAGCGAUGGACCUCACCGGCUUCUCAGACCCCUACGUGAAGGCCUCUCUGAUCAGCGAGGGGCGGCGUCUGAAGAAGCGGAAAACCUCCAUUAAGAAGAACACGCUGAACCCCACGUACAACGAGGCGCUGGUGUUCGACGUGGCCCCCGAGAGCGUGGAGAGCGUGGGGCUCAGCAUCGCGGUGGUGGACUACGACUGCAUCGGGCACAACGAGGUGAUCGGCGUUUGCCGCGUGGGUCCCGACGCCGCCGACCCCCAUGGCCGCGAGCACUGGGCCGAGAUGCUGGCCAACCCGCGCAAGCCCGUGGAGCACUGGCAUCAGCUGGUGGAGGAAAAGACUUUGACCAGCUUCACAAAAGGCAGCAAAGGAUUGUCAGAGAAAGAGAACUCAGAGUGAGAGGUCUGGCCAAGGCUUGGAAUCAGACCAGGCCCCCUGAGGACCCCAUCCCUUCCUGCCCGGACUGUGAAUUCAUCUCCUCGAAGCCAUAACGUCCGAGCCGCGUGGUGCGAGGCAGCCCUGGGCCUGCCCAUCCUUCUACCCCUGGAGGCUUGGGGGUGGUGGGAGGCAGGCGGGCCCAGCUCCCUGUUUCAAGGUGGGGGGCAUUCAGUCUCCACUGUGUCUGUCUUCCCUCCCCGGGGCUCCCCAUCCAGGUGAGGGGCCAUGCAUGUCUGGGGGAUCCCUGCCCCCCAAAACCUCUGUCUGUCUGUCUGUCAUCUGUCUCUUUGCUGUUUGUACAAGACUUAGUGUCCUAACCCUCGUGCUGGCUGUGAAUGUCAACGGACCAAUCUCCCGUGUGCCCCUAGACACGCACACGCCUGUGUCCACCCUGUCUGUUCACCACACCCUGAGUCUGGCCGAUUCCCCCCACUGCUGCUGCUAUCAACUCCAGAAUAAACACAUACAUUGGGUCUCA